GGGACACAGCACAAGAACACUCCUAGCUGAAGAUCUCGAGUGCAACGCAACGUUGGCGCUUGGCGGCCAGUAGUAGCAGCAAACUUAGCGUCGCUCCUUCCUACUAGACGAGAGAUCGAGAAACCAUGGCCAAGCUCCAAGUCACUCCUGGCGCCGCGUUCACCGAGUGCAAUGAACUCAACUUCCAGGGCCUGUACAUGUACCACACGCCCCUGGGUCCCAAGGCCAACCAAGCUGCGAUCCUAGAGAGCAAGGCCAAGAUCGGCAUCGGUGCCACCGUGGUUAACAACUGGGCAGUGUAUGACGGGCCAGGGCCAGGCGCCAAGCUCGUCGGCCGUGCGCAGGGCUUGCACAUCCUAGCCGGAAACUGGGUCAACUCAUUCACCCUGGUGUUCGAGGAUGAAAGGUUCAGUGGGUCCACGCUUGAAGUGAGGGGCAUAACGGUUGAAACUGGCGAGUGGGCUGUUGUUGGGGGCACCGGCCAGUUUGCUAUGGCGAACGGCAUCAUCUCCAAGAAGUUACACGAGCAGAGAAGCGACGGGAACGUCAUAGAGCUUAGUGUCCAUGCUUUCUGCCCGCUGCUCAAAGGGAAAAGGGGCGGUGCUGUGACAAAGGUUGGGCCAUGGGGCGGAAGCGGAGGGUCUCCAAUGGAGCUGACAGAGACGGAGACGCCCAUGCGUCUGGAGAGCAUCACCGUCAGCAGCGGCGUGGCCGUCAACUCCAUCUCAUUCUCCUACGUCGACUCUGCCGGCCACAAGCGCUCUGCUGGUCCCUGGGGUGGUUCCGGUGGACAGCCUGAUCAGGUCCAGCUCGCCGAGUCUGAGGUGGUCACACAAGUGUCCGGAACAUACGGCACCAUCGACGACGACGACCGCACCGUGAUAACCUCCAUUAAGUUCGUCACGAACCUUGACAAGACCUACGGGCCUUUCGGAGCGUACGGGGACGGCGACGACACCUCCUUCACCGUCCCCGUGCAGCCGGGGAGUGGCGCCAUCGUGGGCUUCUUCGCCCGCGUUGGCGGGGCCGGGGACUACCUGGACGCCAUUGGCGUCUACGUGCGCCCCCUCUAAAAAAGCUUUGUUUCUGAUGUGAAUCAAGCAGCUGCAUGCAUGCUGCUCUACUCCACACAGAGUCCAUCACCACCUGCUGCUUGAAAUGCGUGCGUGCGUGCGGCUUCCAGUUGCUUUAUUUCGUACCUGAGUGUUGUGUUGUGGUGUGUUUGCUCAUGUACUUCGGUACGUUAAUUGCUUGGUAAACUCUGGUCAGUGAUGUGUGUUUGCCUUUGUCAUGGAUUUCGACGGAAUAAUAAAGACCUCGAGUAGAAGAGGUCAGGGUUUUUUC